UACCCCGGGGACCAGUGGCACAUCACCGCACUCCAGCGCGGAUAUUACAAUCAGUAGAUUUUUGGCCGUGCAAAGUAUGGAAAUACGACACAAAAAGGUCUAUCCAAUCUCUCUGUUAUGAUGAAACUCUCAAAUCCAAAAUGAUAUUUAGAGACGCUCUGCACACUGAAUGGGAACCGUGAUGUCUUAAAGACCAGUGCAAGACGCGCCGGCUGUCAUUCGCCCUCUUGGCUUUCAGCUCGUCAAAGUUAAACAAAUAAAGUCCUAAAGAGAAUGGCCAUCUUCGGACUGUUUUCAGAGGGAUGGCAACUUUUAACAACCCACUCCUGGACAUCCGGAGACAAUUGCAAAAACUUGUAAUCAUGUUAUCCUUGAGCAUUAUAUGCGUCUCUCUCCUGUACCUUCUGCUGGGAUGCUGCGAAUCGGACUUGGUGGAGAGUUCCAAAAACUCACCGUGGCUUUUAACGGGAUGGUACCGAGAGCGUUAUAAUAAGACCGUGCUCAAAGAAAUAUUAACGGUGCCUGAUUACGUGAUGGAAGAGAGUGUAGAUCCAGCCAACAGCUCGGGGAAAGAUUGGACCUCUAUCCGGCGACUUCCACACGCUCUAAUCAUCGGGGUGAAGAAGGGAGGAACCAGAGCUCUUCUGGAGUUCCUCAGGCUUCAUCCUGACAUCCGAGCUCUUGGGUCCGAACCACAUUUCUUUGACAGGCACUACGCGCGUGGACUCAGCUGGUACAGGAGCAUGAUGCCCAAAGCUCUUGAUGGGCAAAUCGUAAUGGAGAAGACGCCCAGAUACUUUGUCACCCCAGAGACACCGGCCCGCAUCCAUGCCAUGUCCCGGGACAUCAAGCUAAUUGUGGUGGUGCGGGACCCCAUCACCCGUGCCAUUUCAGACUACACCCAGAUCAUCUCCAAAACCCCAGAUAUCCCCAGUUUUGAGAACCUGACAUUUAAGAACAGAACCAUGGGACAGAUAGACUCUCUUUGGAGCCCUCUGUACAUUGGACUGUAUGCCAGGCACUUGGAGCGGUGGCUGGCCUACUUUCCGCUCUCGCAGAUCCAUUUUGUCCACGGAGAGAGACUGAUAAGCGACCCGGCGGGUGAGCUGGGCCGCGUGCAGGACUUUCUUGGUCUGCAGAGGAUCAUUACAGACAAACACUUCUUCUUUAACAAGACAAAGGGCUUUCCUUGCCUCAAAAAGCCAGAAGGCAGUAGCAAACCCCACUGUCUAGGCAAAACCAAAGGCAGAACUCACCCUAAAAUUGACCCGGAGGUCAUACAGAAACUUAGAGAAUUCUACCAGCCCCACAACAUGAAGUUCUAUCAAAUGGCAGGCAUGGACUUUGGAUGGCAAUGAACAUUUCUAACCAUUAUAACAAGGAACUCAAAUUCAGUUGCAGUGCAAUUGGUUCUUUAUUGGGGAAGUAUACACUGUACAUUGUGAGUUGCCAAGUAAGAAGUCUAUUGUUUGUGGGGGCAGGCAAAAUGAAAAUGUGAUCGAAGUGAAAACGAUAUCUCCAGAAUUCUUCAUAGGUUUGAUGAAGGCUCCAUUGCUGUUCAAAUCAAUGUAUCAUGUCUGCCAGAUGACACUGGGGGUCAGAAUACAUGUCAGAGUGAGGUUCAGAUUGAGGGUGUGAUAAAGAACAUCAGAAGGAGCAGAGAAACGAUAGCAAUGACAUUAAAUCAUUGUUUUCAGCAGCACUUUUCUUCUCUUGCCAUAUUUUAUGUGUUGAUAUCUUGUUUUCGCUGAGUCGAAAAAGUGCUUGGACGAAAAACAACAUUCAAUCAUGUUCAAAGAUUGAUGAUGCAUACCGAAAUGUCAUGAUUUAAAAUAAACUGUGUAGCGUAGAUAAAACUGGCCAUUAUUGCAGUCUUUACACUGAACAAAAAGAUGACAUAUUAAAGCAAGAUAUAACUGAGUCACUGUAGCACAUGUGUGUACAGCAGUAGGGGCUGGUCAACAAUCACAUUAUAUUGCCAAUGACUCAAACUUGUUUUCAUUCGUUGUUGUAACUGGUAACCCGAGUAGACAACAUAUAGACACAUUUUUUUUCCCUCUGCUUGUUUGAAUUUGCACUAGUCUAAAAUCCAGCCCACAAGACAGCAAAUAAAUUAUUUU